GGGGCCAGCUCCGCGGGACCCUCCCGAGGACGCCCGAGAGGACUCUGCGGCCGCCGGCUCCGAGGACAAGCUGCCGCCGCCGCCGCCAAAGGGGAACCCGUGGACCAAGAAGCUGCCGCAGCACCUGUCCCCCGUGGGCACCGGCGCGCCGCCGCCUGCUCAGGACGCCCCGGAGGCCGAGCUCAGUUCCCCCAAAAUUAUAAAAGCGGGAAAACUCAAGACAAAGAAAUCCAACAAGGCUAGUGAUUUCAGUGAUAUGGCAAAUUGGCCAACACCAGGUGAAUUAGUGAACACAGGGUCUCAAAGUGUUAUCAGCCAAGGAAAUAAGAAACCACAAAUUAGAAAAGAAAAAGAAGAGAAGAUUGAAAAAAGAAGCAACUGUGAAAGCAAAGAGAACCGGGAAGCAAAACUCGAUGGUCCUGUUGAGAAUGUCAGCGAGGACGAGGCCCAGUCGAGCAACCAGCGGAAGAGAGCUAAUAAGCACAAAUGGGUACCACUACACUUAGAUGAUGUGAGACCAGACAGCCAGGAAAGACCUGGGUCCCGGAACAGCUCAAGAUGUCAACCUGAAGCAAAUAAGCCAGCUCACAGUAAUAGGAAAAGUGAUACACGAAGUUGGAGACGGGAUAGAGAAAAGAGAGAUGAUCAAGAUGAAGUAUCGAGUGUGAGAAGUGAGGGUGGCACCAUCCGAGGUUCUGCAAGAGGCCGCGGAAGAGGCCGGGGCCGUGGAAGAGGCCGGGGUCGAGGAAACCCUAGAUUGAACUUUGAUUAUUCCUAUGGUUAUCGAGAGCCAGGGGAAAGAACUGAUCAGCCAUUUCCUACAGAGCUCAACACCAGUAUGAUGUAUUACUACGACGAUGGCACAGGUGUGCAGGUAUAUCCUGUGGAAGAGACACUGCUUAAAGAGUACAUUAAGCGCCAGAUUGAGUAUUACUUCAGCACAGAGAACUUGGAGCGGGACUUCUUUCUUCGCAGAAAGAUGGAUGAGCAGGGAUUCCUGCCCAUUUCCCUGAUUGCUGGGUUUCACCGUGUGCGAGCUCUCACCACAAACCUUAAUCUCAUCUUGGAGGCACUGAAGGAUAGCACAGAAGUAGAAAUUGUGGACGAGAAAAUGAGGAAAAAGAUAGAACCAGAAAAAUGGCCAAUCCCAGGCCCUCCUCCACGAAAUGUGCCACAAACAGACUUUUCUCAGUUGAUUGAUUGUCCGGAGUUCAUACCAGGGCAGGCCUUUGGCUCCCAUACAGAGUCUGCCACAAACUCUCCAAGAAUUGAAAGUCCACUGAGCCCAAAGAACAAUACUGAAACAAGUACUCUCCGAGUGAUGUCUAGAGGUUUGUCUGCCAGCCUGCCUGACUUGGACUCAGAACCAUGGGUAGACGCGAAAGAGAGGCAUCGUCCUUCCCCAGUCACAUUAAAGGAAUCAACAUCUAUACUUGAAGAGACAUCAAAUCAACUAACCUUUCCAGAAGAACUAGAACAAGAAGAACGUGACAUUUUGUUUGAUGAAGAGAUGGAACAUACGGAAAGAAGGAAAGUGACAGUCAAUAAUUGGUCUGAUGAUGACUCAGAUUAUGAAAUUGGUGACCAAGAUUUAAACAAGAUUUUGAUUGUGGCUCAGACACCACCUUAUAUGAGGAAGCACCAUGGAGGCAAUGGAACAGGCACCCAUACAUCACACGCAAACAUUACAUCAGAACUUGCUGAAGUGAUUAACCAUGGCUUGUGCUAUGAACAGGACCUGUGGACGGAAAGUGAAAAUACACGCACAGCCAUAAAGGAAACGGUUUCUGGUGAGCAUCUUUCUGCUGAUGGUUUGCUUUGAUUGCAUGGUAUUGUAUGUUUUCUUAAAUGUGUUUAUUUCGUAAGAUUUGUUAUAUAAAAUUAUAUACAAUUUGAAAAUUCUUGGAAACAGAUAGUCACAACCAGAGAAGUAAUUUUAAGUGAUGAUAUAUGAAUACUGUCAGCAUCAAAAAUAGAAUUUUCUGACUAAAACUUGUUGAAAAAUGUAAUUUCUCAUGAAGGAAUAAAAAGUUGCUAUAGA